ACUGAAGAUCUUUUUUCUUUUUAUCUGUGGAUCCACAGAAAAAGAAUCUCUGGUAAGAAGAGCAAAGACUGAGCAGCCAUGGGAUGUGGAGCCACAAAAUCAAAUGAACUGCAGCUGAAAAAAUACCAGAGAGGGAGCAUUGGAGUUCCAGCGAUGAGGGCUGCCCUCUUGAUCCAGAGGUGGUACCGUCAGUACGUGGCCCGUUUGGAGAUGAGACGAAGGUGUACAUGGCACAUCUUCCAGUCAAUUGAAUAUGCAGGAGAGCAAGACCAGAUUAAGCUUUACAAUUUUUUUGGCUACCUCAUGGAUCACUUCACACCAGCCAACAGUGAAAGAAACUUGAUCUCCCACAUCUUCAGGGAAAAUGAGAUCUGCCGUGACAUAGAAUGGGAGCGCUACUUCUGCUACAAGAACAUAGAAGUACCAGAGCUGUAUUCCGGACCUCACCUCAGUUUUCCUCUCACUGUCAGCAAUGUGGCUGACUUGGUGGAAGCCUUCAAGAACAAGCAACAGCUCCACACACGAUAUGUCCUCCAGCUUCUUCUGGAGAGCUGGAAAUUACUCAGAAUGCUGCCGAAUAUAAACCAGGUCUCCACCUGCCAAACCAAAGAAAUCACCAUCUGCGGAGACUUGCAUGGACAUCUUGAGGACUUGCUACUAGUAUUUUAUAAGAAUGGAAUGCCAUCGGUGGAGAAAUCAUAUGUCUUUAAUGGUGACUUUGUGGAUCGGGGCAAAGACUCUAUUGAGAUUCUGCUCAUCCUUUUUGCAUUCAUGCUGCUGUAUCCCAACAACGUUCAUCUGAACCGAGGAAACCACGAGGACUACAUUGUCAACCUGAGGUAUGGCUUCACCAAGGAGGUGUUGGGAAAAUAUAGGCUACAUGGCAAGAAGAUUCUGAAGCUACUUCAGAAGAUCUUCAGUUGGUUGCCACUCGCAACAGUGAUUGAUCAGAAAGUCUUGAUUCUGCAUGGAGGGAUCUCUGACACCACUGACCUCAACAUUAUUGCCCAGGCUGACAGGCACAAGUACGUUUCAACACUCAGGCCUCCCAAGAGGAGGUGGGUAGCUUCAGGUGGAAACUCGACGGCGGGCAGACACAAGGUCAACGGGAGGAUGGACAACAGUCUGCAGAGGCACUGCUCCCUGGCCUACAACUCUCCCCUUAGGUCCCGUUACAACUUCCAGAGCCGUUCUAUGCAGAACUUCUCCAGCAAGGUGAACCUGGCAGUGGAAGAGGAACUGAAGGAGCAGCGCCGGAUGGCCGGCCUGAGCCAAUCCUACCAUGACCUCCGCAGCUCCCUCUCCUCUGACUCAGACUCCGACAACUACGAGACCUAUGAGGAUGACAGCAACGAGUGGAAACAGAUCGUGGACAUGCUGUGGAGCGAUCCCAUGCCUCAAGAUGGCUGCAUCCCCAAUGAGGUGCGUGGUGGGGGUUGUUACUGGGGCCCUGAUGUAACAGAGAAGGUCCUGAGAAGACACAAUCUGCAGCUGCUCAUACGCUCACAUGAGUGCAAGCAGGAAGGAUAUGAGUUCUGCCACAACCGCAAGGUGCUGACCAUUUUUUCUGCCUCAAACUACUAUGAGGUGGGCAGUAAUAGAGGCGCCUACAUCAGACUGGGUCCUGACUUGGUACCACAUUUCAUUCAAUACCAAGCCAACCGUAGCACUCGAGAACUGACCCUCAGGCAAAGUGUGGGGGAGACAGAACGUUCAGCACUCAGAGCCCUGAGGGAGCAACUCUUCGCACACAAGUCGGACCUCCUUUAUGCCUUUCAAGACUAUGACACAGACAACACGGGGUGGAUCUCACUAAAGCACUGGGCCACUGCAGUUGAGGCAGUGCUGCGACUGGGCCUGCCCUGGAGAGUGCUACGAUCCCAACUGGUGACCACCACCCAGGACGGCAUGCUGGACUAUCAGGGUUGGCUGCGUGAACUCCCAAUCACCGAACCCAAAACGGAGCUUGUUCAACAGAGCCUUCUUGAGACCAUGUAUAAGCAGCGCUCCAACCUUGAGACAAUCUUCAGGAUUAUAGACUCAGACCACUCAGGACUCAUCUCCUUUGAGGAAUUCCGCCAGACAUGGAAGCUGCUAAGCUCCCACCUGAAGAUGGAGAUAAGCGAUGAGGCCAUCUUGGACAUGGCAGUGAGCAUAGACUUCAACAAGGAUGGGAGCAUUGAUAUCAAUGAGUUCAUGGAGGCUUUCCGUUUGGUUGACAGGACUAUGAACCUUCCUUCUGAACCCAACCACACAAAAACUGAUGAAUAAAAGUCUACAUCAGUGAGGCUAAAAAGAAGAACAAGAAGAUGGGAACAUUUUGUUCAUUAUAGAUUUC